UUGUCAGGAACCGGAACCCUUGGUUAUAAAGUAAAGGAAGGAGAAACCUGCGCUGAGUUUUCUUCAGCUUCUAGUUACUUCCCCGUACAAAACUAAGCUAAAGCCAGUUGCCUGCCGGUGAGGUGUCGUUUUCGCCAUGGCCCUCAGCGAUGCUGACGUACAGAAGCAGAUUAAGCACAUGAUGGCCUUCAUUGAACAAGAAGCUAAUGAGAAAGCAGAAGAAAUAGAUGCAAAGGCAGAAGAGGAGUUCAAUAUUGAGAAAGGUCGUCUUGUGCAGACCCAAAGACUGAAGAUUAUGGAGUACUAUGAGAAGAAGGAAAAGCAGAUUGAGCAGCAGAAGAAAAUUCAGAUGUCCAACUUGAUGAAUCAAGCAAGGCUGAAAGUCCUCAGAGCGAGAGAUGACCUUAUCACUGACCUGCUAACUGAAGCAAAGCAGAGACUCAGCAAGGUGGUAAAAGAUACAACCAGGUACCAAGUACUGCUGGAUGGACUGGUACUCCAGGGUUUGUACCAGUUGUUGGAGCCCCGAAUGAUUGUGCGUUGCAGGAAACAAGAUUUCCCUUUGGUAAAGGCUGCGGUACAAAAAGCGAUCCCUAUGUACAAAAUCGCCACCAAGAAAGAUGUUGAUGUUCAAAUUGAUCAGGAGUUCUACCUGCCUGAGGACAUAGCUGGUGGAGUUGAGAUCUAUAAUGGGGAUCGGAAAAUAAAAGUUUCCAACACCCUGGAAAGCCGGCUGGAUCUCAUAGCCCAGCAGAUGAUGCCAGAGGUUCGGGGAGCCUUGUUCGGUGCAAAUGUGAAUAGGAAGUUUUUGGACUAAGCCUUGGGGAGGUGGAGUUCGUCCUCUGUGCUGCAUCUGAAGAAGCAAGAUUGUCUGUGUAUCUUCAUCUCGGCUGUUCUAAUACUGUUCUGCAUUUACCCAUGAUGCCCUUUUGUAGCUGAAACCCUUGG